UGCGUCCGGAAGCUGUAAGCCUUCAGACUGCAACGAUGGCAGCAUCUGCUGAUGUACACGUCCGAAUAUGUGAACAAGAAAUAAUCAAGUUUGAUUUAGAAUUAAAAGCUCUUGUUCAGGAUGUCAAUGAAUGCACAGGACCACAAAGCAAAUUGACAGAUUUAAAUCUUAUAGUGAAAGAGAAAUUCAAUAAGCUAAGACAGCGCAUCCAGGACCUGGAACAGAUGAGCAAAGAACAGGACAAGGAGUCUGACAAGCUUAUGCUUCUCUUAAAAGUUGAAGGACAUCGAAAACAGAUGCUGAGUAAUCAGACAGCAUGGAGGAAAGCUAAUCUUGCCUGUAAACUGUCCAUUGAUAAGCUGGAGAAGGAAGAUUUAUUAAAUUCUGAGGAUAUGUCGGUGAGACACAGAAAGAUGACAAAAGAGAGCCUGGCUCAGACCUCCAGUGACAUAACAGAAAGUCUGAUGAGCAUCAGCCGGAUGAUGUCACAGCAGGUCCAGCAGAGCGAGGAGACUAUGGGCACAUUAGCAACAUCUUCCAGGACUGUUCUGGAAACUCAUGAAGAGUUUAAAGCCAUGACAGGAACUAUACAGCUGGGCAGAAAGCUCAUCAUUAAAUACAACCGACGGGAACUUACAGAUAAGCUGCUUAUUUUCCUCGCUCUUGCUCUCUUCCUAGCUACAGUCCUCUAUAUUCUGAAGAAAAGACUUUUUCCUUUCUUUUGAGUAAAUUAACCAAAAUAUAGGCUUAUAGGAAAUGACUGAAAGAUAAGUGUUCUUAAAAAGAGGAAGAGAGAUGCACAUACAGACUGUAUAAUCUUUUCACUUUUUUUGUGAAACUCCGAUCAACAUAUCAAUAUGGAUGGGUAUGGAUUAUGUCGGUGUUAAGUUAUUUUGUACAAAAAUACCAUCAAAUAUUUAUGACAAUAUUAUUGUUAAAGGAGCUGUAUGUAAGAAUCUGAAUGUAUCAUUCAUUCAUUCAUUCAUUCAUUUUCUUUUCGGCUUAGUCCCUUUAUUAAUCAGGGGUCGCCACAGCAGAAUGAACCGCCCACUUAUCCAGCAUAUGUUUUACGCAG